AAGAAGUUUUUGGAGUGAAGAUGGAGGGGAGAUUACUGUCACGUUGAAAGAGGAAGAAGAGGAGGGGCAGAUUACUGUCACGUUGAAAGAGGAAGAAGAGGAGGGGCAGAUUACUGUCACGUUGAAAGAGGAGGAAGAGGAUACGGGAGAUCUGAGUAACACCAGAGAAAGACCAGACUCUGAGGAACCAGAGGAAGAAAUGUCCAAACCAGCAAGACCAUACCACUGCUCCCAGUGUGCAAAGAGUUUUACCCAGUUUGGGAACAUGAAAAGACAUGAGAGGACACACACAGGUGAUAAACCUUACCACUGCUCCCAGUGUGGAAAGAGUUUUACCCGGAUAGGGUCCCUGAAAAUGCAUGAGAGAAUGCACACAGGAGACAAGCCUUACCCCUGCUCCUUGUGUGUAAAGAGAUUUUCCUCAUCAGGAUGCCUGAAAAUACAUGAGAAGACGCACACAGGCGAUAAACCUUUCCAAUGCUCCCAGUGUGGAAAGAACUUUUCCUUGUCAGCGAGCCUGAAAAGACAUGAGAGGACACACACAGGAAAUACUCCUCAUCACUGCUCCCAGUGUGGAAAGAGUUUUACCCGGAUAGGGUCCCUGAAAAUGCACGAGAGAAUACAUACAGGAGAAAUGCCAUACCACUGCUCCCAGUGUGGAAAGAGUUUUAACCAGUCAAGGGACCUGAAAGAUCACGAGAGAAUACAUACAGGAGAAAAGCCACACCACUGCUCCCAGUGUGGAAAGAGUUUUAACCAGUCAAGGGACCUGAAAGAACACGAGAGAAUACAUACAGGGGAAAAGCCAUACCACUGCUCCCAGUGUGCAAAGCGUUUUACACAGUUAGGUCACCUGAAACGUCAUCAAAGAACACACACCGGAGAGAAGCCUUACCACUGCUCUCAGUGUGGAAAGAGUUUUGCCCAGUUAUGUCACCUGAAAGAACAUAAGAGAUUGCACACAGGGGAGAAGCCUUACCACUGCUCCCAGUGUAGAAAGACAUUUUCCUCGCUAGCGAACCUGAAAAGACAUGAGGACACACACAGGAGAUAAGCCUUCCAAUGCUCCCAGGACCUGUAAAUUGAUAUUUCACAUCACAUCAUCAGAGAACUUACAGUGCUCCCAUUGUCUUAUAUUUUUUACGAAGAAUGUGUUUUUUGAUUAUGCCAUAUGAAAUCGAACUGUACAAAAAAUUGAUUUGUAUGUUUUUAUUAGAAAAACAUGAAUUGAAUAUGGAGUAUUUCAGUUUAAAUAUACAGUACGCCCGUGUUGAUGUAGACUGCUCUGUGAUUAAAUUAUAAUUUUAAAACUCUG